UGUAUUUUAAAUGGUUCUCGUUGAGAGAAAAAGUCCUGAAAAUGGGGGAUCAGCAGACAUAUAAAACAAACCAUAUUAUUAACAAUAGUGAAAAUGUAUAUUACCAGCAACAGCAGCAACACUUGAAUCCCCUGGCAUCUGCAAACCACAGCUAUGGAACCUCAGCCAUGCAUACUUCUCCAGAUUCUCCCCUCUCUCCCUCAUUCCCUCAUGACGCCAGGGAAAACGUAUCUUUGAAUGUUGGGCCCAAAAGCCUUGGGCUAAUGGAUUCUCCUCGGCAAGCAGACUGGGCCCAUUUGGGGUCUGGAAACCACCUCCCAAUAAGAAACAGCCAGCAUGUCAUGUGGAGCCCAGUGGGUCAAAGCGAACCAGUUGAUGGCUUUGAGCAUCUCUGUUCCCAAAGCAAUGACAUCAGAUCACAAAAAAUUACUAGUGGAGUUUUGCAUAAAUUAGACUCUUUUGCCCAGGUGUUUGCUAGCCAAAACCUAAGAAUCCAAGUGAAUAAUGUUUCUCAGCUAAUUCAGUCUCAGCCUCCAGUGAUGGAGAAUGCUGGCGAUAGUGCACUUCGACAACUGCUGUCUCAGAAGCCUGCUGUGGAGCAACAACUUGUGCAGAGAUACCAGCAGAUACCACAGCAAGUCCAUCCCGGAUUUGGAAGUGCACAGCAGAAGCAGCAGAUGCAGUUAAUGCAGCACCAGUCUUCUCUUUAUUAUGACAACCAGCAGCAUGUUGCCCACAUCCCAAUGCACUCUGCAAUGCACCAGGGACAGGCCCACCUGCAGCAAAUGCAUUCUCAACAUUUGCUGCCACAGCAGCUACAGCAAGAUCAAUACUAUCUGCAGCAGCAACCCCAUCAAGGACAGCACAGGCUCUUGGUACAUGAGAUGCAGCCACAGCAGCAGCAGCAGAGGCAGUGCCCCAUGCAAACAGCUCAGUAUUAUCCAAUACAGCCUAUGACGCAACAGUUACAACAGCAGCAGCAGCAGCAGAUGCAAACACAACUUCCUCCCUAUCACAGGGAUACUAACCAGAAGCCUCUGCACGAACCUCAGCAGUACUCCCAAGAUCGAGGUAAUUCCGUGCAGCUUAUACAGCUGGGAGCAGUCCCUCCAUAUUUCUAUCAAGAUCAGCAGCAGUCAUUCAAACAUUUGUAUCCACAAAGUGUUCUGCAGCAGCAACAGCCGCCAGGAGAUGCCAGUCAGCCUGAUCAUUACCAGAGUGAUGGUAACACUCAGACAUUGAUGGAUGAGCACCUUGGACUCCCUAUGGCAGAGGGGACUGAAGAUCCAGCACAACAGGGCCUGAAUUCUGUUGACAGCACAAUCUCUCAACAAUCUCUUAGACCUCCAACAAGUGUUCAGAUGAGCAACAAAAGACAUCAGCCGUUGUCUCCCAGUGCAGUGUGGCCACAGAUCCAGUUACCUGAUGGCAGACUUCCAUCAGUUUCUCCUGAACAAAGCAAUGCUUGUGAUAAAGAAACAUACACUGAAAGAUCUGAAUCAAAGAGCAAAUUAACAUGCUCUGUAUGUUUCAAAGAGUUUAAAAGUUUACCAGCUCUAAAUGGUCACAUGAGGUCUCAUGGAGGGAUACGGGCGUCCCCUAUCUUCAGACAGGAGGAAGGGGAGAGCCUGCCACAGCAGCACCAGCAGGAACAGCUGCCCUCCGAAGUGGAUAGCUUUGCAUCUAUCGUCAUGCCUGUGUCUGUCCCUGUAAAGGUUCUGUCGCCUGAGCCCAGCAAGCAGGCCAGUGAUGGCUGUGCCCUGGUCAAAGACAAGCCUGUCUCAGAUGAUGAGAUGCCUGUCCUUGUGAGGAUGAUUUGUUCUCCAGCACAUUCCCCUAGAGCCGUCAGCCCACGUACCUCUUCUGAUCCCAAUAGAAAGCACCACCAAAGCAUCACCAACUCUGAAGAAAGCAUCAAACCUUUUCAAGACAAGAAAAAAUACCGCCACAGACCUGAACCACUCUUCAUACCACCCCCUUCCUUCAACCUCAGUGCAUCUCACUCAGGGGCUACACUGUACCAAAGCCAACUUCGCUCUCCUCGUGUCUUAGGAGACCAUCUGAUCAACAGGACUCAGGAUCCCCCACCUUAUACACCACCUCCCAUGCUUAGCCCCAUACGGCAAGGAUCAGGACUCUUCAGCAGUGUCAUCAUAUUUUCUCAUGGUACAUCUCACCCCCAGCUGCCCCUUACUCCUCUGACACCCACUCCCCGGAUACUCCUCUGUCAAUCUAGUACUAUUGAUGGAAACAGUGUCCCUAUGACCCCAAGACCUGGAGAACAGACUGUUGAUAUUGAACCGUGUAUCAACAUUGGCUCAAGAUUCCAGGCAGAUAUCCCUGAACUUAAAGACAUAGCAUUGGUGGAAAAGGAGGAUCACAAGGCAACUUUAGUUUGGAAGCCAUGGCCAGAACUGGAGGACAAAACUUUCCAACAAAGAGUUACCAAUCUGUUAAAUAUGUGUUGCUCGAGCAUAUUAACUGGUGGAGGAACCAACAUAGAAUAUGGUUUGCAUUCUCUCUUUGAAGCUAAAGGGAAUAUUAUGGUUGCUCUGGAGAUGCUUCUUCUUUUGAAACCAAAAAGAGCAAAAUCACACCCUCUAGCCAAUUAUCAUUAUGCUGGUUCAGACCAGUGGACACCCUUUGAAAGAAAAUUGUUCAACAAAGCAUUGGCAACGUAUGGCAAAGAUUUCAUUUUUGUACAGAAAAUGGUAAAGUCUAAGACAGUUGCACAAUGUGUUGAAUACUAUUAUACAUGGAAGAAAAUCAUGCACUUAGGACGACGGCACAGAACUCGACACACAGAAGUAAAAACUGAAUGCCCAACAAGUGGAGAAGAUGAGGAAUUGGAGGGUGAAGAGCAGACUGAGCAAGAAAAAAAAUCUCUAAAAGAAGAGGAUGCAGAAAUCCAGAAUUCUCCUGACCUACUGCCUGUUGCUGUUGCAUCACCCAUUAACCCACCCUCUCUGCAGAGCCUUGGGCUGUCUGUGACCUCUUUUAUCUGUGAAAUGCCAGAUUGUGGAGCUAUCUUCAGUUCCAGACAAGCCCUGAAUGGCCAUGCGCGUAUCCAUGGUGGCACAAACCCUGUGGUCAAAACCCGCUGUGGUGGCCCUGGCACGAAACAGAAGCCGAAUUCCCAGAAUGACUACUGCUCUGUCAAGAGUUCCCCGGCUCAUAGUACGACAAGUGGUGAGACAGAUCCGCCUACAGUUUUCCCCUGUAAAGAAUGUGGCAAGAUGUUUUUCAAAAUCAAAAGUCGCAAUGCUCACAUGAAGACCCACCGCCAGCAGGAAGAGCAGCAGAGGCAGAAAGCCCAGAAGGCUGCUGUUGCAGCUGAAAUGGCAGCCACAAUAGCAAGGACUACAGGGUCGCCUGGGCAUAGCUUGAUUCCACUGGAUCAUUUAGACUUGAUAAAGCAAGUUGAACAGGCAGAUGACCUUGGCAGCGAUGUUGUACAGGAACUGGGAGAGGUCAUUGACGACAGUGCUGAAGUGAUAAAUCCCAGCCUCUUACUGGAUGAGGAAGAUUCAGAGUUGCUUCAGGAUGAUGUUGAGCUGUAGACAAAAUGAGCCAAGCCACAUUACAGAUACCAGUAGAAAUCGGUUUCCUCCAGCGAGUGGGCUAUAUUUCUUAUUUCCCUUUUAUUUUAAACUGUUUCUAUAGUUGGACUCUUUUAAAUCCAGAACUGGAAAAACUCAUCUGUCUUGUGAUGUUCUUUCUCGCCUUUCUUUUUUAAAAGCGGGGGGAAUUGUUCUGUUUUCUAGAGGAAUCUUGUGUAAUAUAUUGGAAUCAAAUAUUCUGAAAAGUUCAUGUAUCUUAAACUUUCAAAGGAAACAUCACAUUGUUUAAAUUCCUCUGGAUACUUCCUUUUCCUCACCUCUAUUAAUUCUGGCCCCCAAAAAGCCUCCAACAGGACUGUCAGGUGGCAAAAGUAAGUCACUGACAACUGCAUCUUCAACCCAAGAUGGACAUGGAAUAAAUUGUUAGUAUCUCGUGAUUUUGGACCAGUGCAAGCUAAUAUGGCCCAUAAUCCAUCUGAUUCAAUUCUUUCCUCCAGUACCAAAGGUUUGACACCAAAUGAAAAUUCUGAAGGGAUCUUUAUUUUUUUUCCUAACACGAUGUAAAUGGAUGUUCUGUUGGCUUGGGCACAGGCAGAUUGAUGAUAGUAUGUCCUACUCUGGUUUACUUGGAUCUGGAAAAAAGAAGCAACCAUAAAAUGAGAAGGAAUAACUAGAUCAUUCCUCCAAGUAAAAGUUUUUAUUAUCACCAAGUCUAAUACGUAUAAAACUGUUCAUUUCUUUUCAAGGAUUUCCAUAGUCAUAAUGCGCACUUCAGAGCUUCCAAUUUAGAAGAUUCAGAAGGAACAGGGUCAGUGAAUGUAGAAGUAUCUGGAGAUUGUAGAAAGACUUUUGAUUUCACAGUGACAGAAUUGCUGAGGCAAACUCACCCCCUUUUUACAGAAGAUUCUUGGAUUGUGCGUAAAUGAAUGAAUGAUGUAGUGAAGUAUCACCAAUUUGUACAGUAAAUCAGUUGUUAAAAAGUUGUCUUUGAAAGUAUAGUACAGUAUGCUACCUUUAGUUUUGCAGUGGUGUUUUCCUGAGAAGGUACGAGACAAAAUCUUUCUUCACAGAAAGAAGGGGGGAAAAUGUCUAUCUUCAGAUAAAUCUGUUUAUAUAUGUUUGUUAAAAUUCUUCCAAAUAGAAAAGAAGAAUAGUUUUGCACUUUGCUCUGAUCAUAAAUUUUAUGUGGCUGCUGUGUCUCAGUGGCUCCAAAAUGCACAUAUAUUUGGGUAUAGAAUGCACACAAACCUUGGUGCUGUUCUAUUCACUUUUGUAAAUUGAAAUAUAUAAAUAUCAUCAUGAAAAUGUGUGCGAAACCUAGAUGGAACCAUGCAGGUUUUGGUCAUUGCCAAAGAGUUUAAAAGCUGCCAUGGGUAUAAUUGGUUGAUGAAGUUAGUGUAAAUUUAUUGAACAUAAUGCUUUUUAUGCCUGCCAAUUGUCUCUUAUGGACUCACAGGUUUGAAACUAUAAAUAAGCCCAAUAACUUUAUACAAGUUUGGGAGACCUAUGUUGUGUUUGUGUUAAGCCUCUCAUUUUAACUAUAUAACCACAAUACAGAGCUGCAAUUAAUGCUUUCACAUUGGAUAACAUUGAAAUUCAGACUUUUUUCUGUUGCUAUUUUUAGCAAUACAUGAGGCUGCAAAUUUAAGUCCAACUUUAAUCUCAUCUGAUACAAUAAUUAUGGUUAUGUUUCUUCCCUUUCCUGAUUUUGUUGUAUUAGUUUAAGUAUACACAAACAGAGUAGUGUUUUAUGAUAACCUUGUGCUAAACAAAUGAGGAUCAAAAUUGCCUUCCCCCACUUUUCCUCUCCAAUUGUGUUUGAGCAUGAUUUCAUGGAUCAGUAUGUUCAAUAUCCUAGCUAGGCAGCUCUUUCAACAUCAGGAGUAAGUUCAUUUUCUGAUACAAUUCUCUAACAUAAAUCAUAGUAAUCAUUUAUCAAUGAACAAAGAGUUCAAAGUUACAUUGACAAUAUAAAAUUAUUCUGUAUUUGCACAGUCAUGGAUAUUUUCAUGAGAGCCAGAUCUUAGUACUAGAGAACCUAAUAGUCUUAAAAGAUAUUUCUUUCAAAGCUAGUUUUACAUGACCAAAUUCUGAAGUUCCUACUCUUCAAAGCUUUGCUAGCUGUGGCCACCAGUGAUAAUUGUUAUAGAUGUAGUGGGUGUGUUCGAAUUAGUCCUGUGCCUGAUUACCGAUUACAUUCAUCACAUGAAAAGCAGCCAAGUUCUGAUUAUCAGUAAUACCAAAGGUUACCUUCCAAGAGUCAAUAGGCUGUAAAGUGCAAGUUAUUCCAGAGUCAUAACAACGGAGGGAGGGGAAAAAACUGAUAGUUCUUGGCAAUUGUUUUUUCCUCUGAUACGUAUGAAUUCUCUAACAAAGAAAUUGAAGAGAGUUGAUAAAAGUAUAAAGCUCACAGUAGGUCAUUCCAAGCUGAUCUGUAUUAUUUUAUAUGAGACUAUAAUAAGGCAGAUUUUUUACCUUUACUAAGAAGCCCAUUCAUCAGGCCAUCUAGAACAGUAGGGUUUAGCUCUCCUCAACCUACAUCCUUCAGGCGAGUUGAGACUGGGUCUCAGAAUUUUCACCCAGCAUCAUCAACAGCUGAAAAUUGUAAUCCAACAAAUUUGGAGGCUCUUUCAGGCUACUAUAGAUUCUAAGUAUCCUUAGAAUAAGUCUCUAAUAUAAAAUUGUUCCUGGUUAUGUCUAGAUUUAUAACCAUGGCACUAGUAUCAUUGAAUUGUAUUCCUACAAUUCACUGGAAGGUAUUAUGGGUAAAAUUAAAGGUCUUACAAUUGUUCAUUGGACUAAUUCAUUGUGAACCUGUUAAAGUAUGGUUUUAUUUUAAAUUAUGUAAAACAGUUGAGGGUAUACUGACAUGUCAUAAAAUAACCUAAGAAAAUCUCAAAAGAAUUCUUGGAAGAAUAUUGGUACUUGCAUAAAAAUGUUGCCAUGAUCAAUUUCACUGAAAUAUGUUUCAAUAUUUUGCCAGAAAACCUGUGGGUUUUUUUUUUAAUUUGCUGAAGUUUUGUGUUUAUCAGAGUUAUUUCAGUAACAAAUUAGUUAAAAAUUGUACAUAACCUAAGAAAAAAGGAAAAUAUAUUUUAAUGGAAAAAUCUUAUUUUCAGAUCUAUUUAACUGCUGAUAGGUCGUUACAAAAAAAAAGUUGUAAAUUUCUGAGGUAUAGUGUAGUGUAAAAAUAUUAUUUGGUUUAAAAAAAACAUUUAGCAUAGUUCUUUUAUUUUAUUUUAUAAUAAAAUGUUUGCCUGUUAUGGCUUAAUUGCACCUGAAUUGCAUGUGAUUUAAUUUCAGGAUGUAAUUGAGUCAGGUUUGCACUAAAUGCUUAGUUUCAUAAUAUAUUGGGGGGGGGGGGUUGUAAUUUCCUUUUUUUCUGAUGAGGUAGGAUGAGGCAUGCAUUGUAUCUGGUACAUAACUAAGAGCAAGCACUGUGUAUAGAAUAUACAGCUUUUUCUUGGCAGGUAAUUGUACUUGUAAAAUCAAAGGGAAUCUGUAAGAGUUUGCAGGGAGAAAGUCUUUUAUACUUUUGAUAAGAUAUACUUUGUUUAAAAAAUUGUUCAUGUGAUGGGAAAAAAUCUUUUAAAUAAAUUAAUCAGCAUUUUA